UGUGUGUUUAUCAAAAUAAUAAAAUAAUAUGGAUCAAAAAAAGAGUAAUGUUAAAUAUUCACACCUGGAUCAACGAAUCAAAACUCUUAUUGAUGUUAGCCAGGAAGUCUUAGAUACUGACAAUUUUAUUGAAAUUGCUAUUGAUCGGGUCAAAACAAAAACUAAGCGUUCAUUUUAUCCAGAAUUUAUACGUAGAUCACUACAACUGUUGAAUAGAGAAGAAUUAUUCGAAAUUCGUGAGAAAUACUGGAGUAUGAUUGCUCAAAUGAUAAUCAACAAAAUGUUUCCGCUUUCAGUAUUCCAAUCGGAGUAUUGUAAAAUGUUGGAAGAAACAUCAAGCAAGGACAUUGAUUUUUAUGUACUAUGGAUGUUCAAAGCUGAAAUACUAAAAACAUUGAUAAUUCGUGGUGCACAUCCAUUGAGUGAAUUGACAACAACAACAUCAGUUCUCAAAAAACGCGGUCUUGUUGGUAAACUUAUUGGAAAAUUAUUAAAAAUCUUAAUAGAAAGUGAAGGUGAAUUAGCAUUUACUGAAAAAUGGAAUGCUAGUGGUAUUAAAUGGGAUGAUUUACUUGAUAGAUCACUUGAAAAUUCAAUUGAUUUUAUAAUCGUUUAUGAUUUACACUGUUUAUUACGUAAAGGUCAUAACAGAAAAAGACGUUCGGCAACAGAAAAUGUUGUUAAAGACGAAUUGAAAGCAAGUGGUAUUGAAUUAUUGACUGAUUUAGUUGAUACAUCAUAUGAAAAUCAAGUUGAUAUUAUUAAAAAAUAUAAUUCAAAGUCUUUGACAAUUGAAGAAACACGCCAACUAAAUAAACAGUUAUUGAAUUUAUUACGUGAAAGAGAUUUUGAUGAUAUACCAAGUUGGAUAACAGAAAAUGUUGGUGAAGAAAAAUAA